AUGUCAUCAUCAGCUUCAUCGUCCUCGUUCAUUGUUGGUGAAAAGGAUCCACCCUUCAAUUUCUCCAAGCCAGCCUAUGAAGUAGCCCAAGCACCUAAUGCCAUCAUUUCUGGCAUGUUAAACAAACAGGAUCGUAAGAUGGGAGUCAUGUGGAGAAAACGUUUUUUUAUUCUAAUCUACAAGACAGGAACAACAACGACCACAACAGCAAAUUCAUCACUAAAUUUAAUAUUAAAUCAACAACAACAACAAUUAGGAAUUAGUAGUAGUAAUGUAAGAGCAAGUGUGAGUGGAGCAAGUAGUAGUCGAUCGAAUGCAAGUUUCGGAUUAACAUCAUUCGAUUCGAAUACAACAGAUAUUUUGUUGUAUUAUUUUAAAAAUCCAACUGAUCAAGAAUCAAUCAGUUCGAUAAGUAUUAGAUUUGGAGUUGAAUUGGUUGAAGCAAUUCAAUUUAAUAAGGUUAAAAGAUUUGGUAUUAAAAUUGUUACUAAAAGUGGAAGAGAAUAUUUCCUUUGUUGUGAUGAUGAAAAUGAACAAAAGAAAUGGUUAAAUUAUUUGAAUUUGGCAAAACAAGGAUCAACUGCUAUUUUAAAUGAUACUAAGGAAAGUCAACCAGUUCCUGUUUCUUCUCCAAAUUUGACAAUUCCAUCAAAAUUGAAUGUUGUUCACAAACAUUUGACAGCUACUAGUACUGCUACUGUUAGUACUCCUCCUUCUUUACCUCCAAAGAAUUUACCAAUUGUUCCUUCAAAGAUUGAUGAAAAUUCAAAACGAUGGAAUAGUUGGAGUUUAAAUCAAUGUCAACUUGGUUGUAAGGUUAUGAAAUUACCAUAUUUAGGUGCUUGUUCAGGUGUUGAAAAGAAGAGAUUUUUACAAUUAUCAAAGAAUGGUAAUGUUAUUAGAUGGGGAACUCAAACAAUUCAUUCAUCAACUGCAAAAAUGUCACAAGAAGAGGAUGACAAUGUCAAUCAAUUAUUGGAUAGACAUUUGAAUAUUUCACAAGUAUCUGCUGUUUAUCAUGGCGUUUCAACAAACACAUUCCAAAGAUAUUUGGAAAAGACAAUGAAUGGUUAUGAUUGUGGAAACUGUUUAUCCAUUUCAGUUAAAACAAAAUCAGGAAAGAAUAGAACUAUUGAUUUGAUUUUCCAACAUGCUGAUGAUGCUAUGGCUUGGUUUUUAUUCUUAAACAUGAAAAUUAAUCCAUCAACUAAUUCUGAGCAAGCUCUUACUGAAUUCAAGUGGAACAAGUUAAAACUUGGCGUCCAACAAUCAUGUUUCACACACCAAAACACAACUCUUGGUUUUAUGGAAGAACAAGUUUACUUAAUUUAA